AAGGACCUCUGGCGGAGGAGGAAGAAGAAGAAGAAGAAGAAACAGCAGCAGCAGCAGCAGCUUGAGAAGGCGUACUCUGAACGCUCCCUCGCGCGAUAUGUCGACAAACUGAGGAGUGGACUCGGUGGCAGAUUGGUGUAAUUCGACGAGAAGAAGUUGGAGUGAGGAGUUUCAGCUCUCGAAAUGGAAGGGGCGAAGCUAGCCGUUUCGGUGGUUACUAUCGCACUGUUUUUCGCCGUCGUUGGAGCUGCCAGACAUUAUGGAGGCUCCUUCGAGGAAAUCAUUCAGAUGCCAACUGACCGAGUGACGGAUACGGCUGAAGAUGCUGCUGAGGCCGAGCGUGGGACGCGUUGGGCAGUGCUGCUUGCUGGUUCCCGAGGGUAUGGGAAUUAUCGUCACCAGGCGGAUAUCUGUCAUGCUUAUCAGAUAUUGAGACGAAACGGCGUAGCUGAGGAGAACAUAGUUGUGUUCAUGUACGAUGAUAUUGCGGACAACAUCGAGAAUCCUCGUCCUGGUGAAAUUAUCAACUCUCCUACGGGCAGCGACGUUUACCAUGGUGUCCCAAAGGAUUAUACAGGAAAAGAUGUAAACACGCACAACUUCUUCGCUGCCAUUCUGGGAGACAAGAAUGCGAUCACAGGUGGUAGUGGGAAGGUUGUUGAUAGUGGACCCGACGAUCGUAUCUUUAUCUACUACUCUGACCAUGGUGGUCCAGGAAUUCUUGGUAUGCCCUCCCCUCCGAAUAUGUACGCUCCUGACUUGAUUUCAACUCUGAAGAAGAAAUACGAACUGGGCACGUACAAAAAGAUGGUCAUAUAUUUAGAGGCUUGUGAGAGUGGUAGCAUCUUUGAAGGUCUUCUUCCUGAAGGAUUGAACAUCUACGUCACAACUGCUUCGAAUGCGGAAGAAAGCAGUUGGGGUUGCUACUGUCCUGGAAUGGUUCCUUCUCCUCCACGAGAAUUUGAAACCUGUCUGGGUGAUCUUUACAGUGUUGCAUGGAUGGAAGAUAGUGAAGUACAAAAUUUGAAGAAGGAAACCUUGAAGGAUCAGUAUGAGAUUGUCAAGAAGAGAACUUCAAACCACAACACGUAUCGUACAGGAUCUCAUGUCAUGGAGUAUGGAGACAUUGAAGUGCAUGUGGAUCAGCUUGCUUUGUACCUUGGCUUCGACCCAGCUAAUGAAAAUGUUACCUUCCCCGCUAUCCCUGACGGCGUCCAAAGUACAAAUGGGUUUACUGGAACUAUCGGUGUCAACCAAAGAGAUGCAGAUAUGCUCCACUUGUGGCACAAGUUCAGCAAUGCUGCGGAAGGGACUGAGCGCAAAAGUAAAGCUGCGAAGGAGCUGUUGGAUACCAUGUCUGUCCGUAUGCAUAUAGAUUCGAGCGUCAGGAUGAUUGGAGAGGUUCUUUUCGGUUCCGAGAAGGGUCCCACUAUUCUGGAGUACGUAGUGCCCUCAGGACUACCAUUGGUGGAGAACUGGGAUUGCCUCAAGGCCAUGGUGCGCGCCUUUGAAAGCAAGUGCGGAUUCCUCACUCAGUACGGUAUGAAGCACACUCGCGCGUUCGCCAACAUCUGUAAUGCUGGAAUCAGCGUAGAAAAAUUGUCUGCAGCCGCAACAGAAGUCUGCGCCAGCACCAGCGAUGUUUGGCAGCCUUUGACCGAGGGAUUCAGCGCCUAGGUGGGGAUCUUCCUCGAGUUUUCAACCUUCUUGUACAAUUGGACGAGAUCAGUACAUAGAUAAAUACGCCUUUUGAAUUGGAUUGUGCUUUGGCCUGGGAUUGGAGGCCAUCUAAAAGCCGAAAGAUGUGCAUCUCGCCUUUUUGUGGAGAUUAAUCACUCCAUGAACUAGUAUAGGUUUCAAUAGCAAAGGUUACGAAGGGAGCUAACUUUCCCUUCAUAGGGAUGAUUGGCAAAUAUUCAUGUACAGUAUGUUGUACAUUCGCUACGAAUCUUUAAAUUUAUAUCAAAUAGACUACUAUGGUCAUGAUACCCACCAUGAUGAUAGUGGACCUCCCAUGUAGAUUGUCAGGACUUUAGUUUACUUGCUGCGCCAUCUCUUUAUGGUCAGAUGGCAACAUCUUUCCAUUUUGUAACGCUGGCCCGCCAAUGAACUACAUGUACUGUUAUUGUUUGUAAAUGAAUAGUUAUUUCCUGGGCUUUAUUCCUCACA